AUGCCUGAAUUCGAGAUGAAACCAGAAUUAUCUACUAAGCCGGAGAUAUCAGCAACUGAUGGUGAUGCAACCAAAAAGGAGCAUGAGAUAAAACAAGAACAAGCUGCUCCAAACUACCUGGAUUUCUCGAUCGAAAAUGUUAAUUCCAAAACCCUUGAAGAAUUGCAGGACUUAUUCAGCCUGCUCCAAGAACAAUUCAAGGCUAGUUCUGCCAAAUUAGAGAAAACACGUAAGCAGGAACAAUACCAGCGUACCACCAUGGCAUACUAUCAACGUCGAAAUGACGCACUUUUAAACAUCCUUGAUGAGUCAGGAUUGGAAUCACAAACACAUUUAGAUACCGACUACAAAAUUCCCAAUGAUGAUGAAAAAAGGCGAAUAGAUCUGAUAAUUGAAAGAGUGCCGCGAAUUGCAAAGACAUUGAAGCCAUUAGCACAAGACUUGGGUGAGAAAGGGAAUAAGAUGACAGGCAGUUUCACAUCCAAAACCAUAAAUUCUAAUCAUUUUAUCAAUAUGUACUUACUGGAAACAAUCCCGGAUUUGGCUGAUGAUGACUUAAUGCAAUUAGAAGUAAAUCCACAAGAGGCAGAUUCUUGGUGCCGAAGAAAUUUACCUAAUUUGGUGAAUGCACAAAACGUGCCAAUCACAUUAGACCAAAUAUUGCAAAUGAACCAGGGACAAUAUGCUGGUGUAGACUUUGAUUUGGGUAUUGAUGGAAAAUUGGUAUUGAGUCCAAUGGCUGCAAAUACAACUGGCAGGAAAAGGAGAAGGCGGUGA